UCCCUGCCCAGUAUAUCAUUUCGCUUUCAGUCCGUCGUACGCGCGUUGGAUAGAGUUGAAGUUUACAAUUUUUUGUUAAACACGUAAACUAAUAGUGCUUACGCAUAAAUUGUUACCAAAGAAAACGAAACUUGAAGUGAAACGCAAAAAAGUGAAAAUAGAUUAGUAAAUUUACUGAAAAACUGCUAUAUGAAUGCAUGUGAGUCGAUUCGGAAGAACUUGUCUUUAUUGCUGUUCCAAUUUCCUAACAAUCCCUGUGCAAAAUACAAACUAAAAGCAGAGAUCAAAAUAUAUUAUGUGGAGAACAACGUUAAUGACAAGAAAUGUAUACAUUGAUAAAAGUAAACAGUGUUUGUAAAGUGAAAAAGUGUUUUUGAAAGAAAUGUUCCCCUAAGUAAUGCGUCGCUUCUCAAUGUCAUAAUAUUAUUCAUCUAUAGGAGUGAAACCGGAAAGUCACUUUAUACUUUACUGCAUACUGGAUUGAAGGUGUUUUAUAUGUACGUAUAAAUCAAGUGAAACAUGCCGUUUUUCGACACAUUGAGUAAGCGCUAAAAGCAACCAAGGAAUAGAAAUCAGUUGACUAUAAAUAUAAUGGCUUUAUUCAAUAAGCUUUUCUCGACCACAAAAAAGCGCUAUACAAGUUCAUCAACACCAAAAUCUACCUCAGGGCACCAGUUUUCCGCCGACCAGGUGCGCGUCAUUCUUUUUCGUGACUGUGACAUCCGAGGGCGCAAACUUUUGUUCGAUUCUAGUGCGGUUGAAAAAAUUUCCGAUGCCUCACCAUCAGCAGCAGUUUCAGCCUCAUCCGGUGGUAAAUCCAACAGCCAUAACGGAAUGCCACAAUACCAGAAAUGCGAUCAUUGUAAAGUGUUGUAUCAGCAUAAUGCCAACCCCAAAGACGACAUCAAACCACUGGCUGAAAUGGUCUUCGGUUCUGCUCCAAUCGCGUUUCAAAGUAGCAGCCUGAAGGUUCAUUGGCUGAAAAGUCCAAAAGCCGUUAUGUAUUCGCAUGUUUUUCUCAUGCCAAUUCGUCACACUGAAAGCCACAGUAGCAGUAAAAAAAUGUCGUCGGCAUCAUAUUUAGGUUCAGAUUUGGUAGGAAACGUCAAUGGGCAGGGUGGAUUAUUUUUCGAACGUCAUCCAUCGGGUAGUGAUCUUAGUUCAAUAGACACAACUUCGUUGAGAUCGUUCACAGUCACAUCGUCAACUUCGACGCAAUACGACACAUCCUACAAUCAUCGACAGCGACCGCCACUUCCGAUAGAAUUUGGUCAUCUAGAACGGUUAGCAGAUCCACGGUUAUCAACUAACAGUGGUUUGGAUUCGGGUUACGGCGGAGCAGACCCGUGGGGUUUUUCUUCAAACACCUCGUGUCAUCCGCAGUCCUCCCAUCGUAGCAGUUUAGCAUCAAUUUGCAGCGAUUUUGAAUGCUAUCGUAGACUCAGCGCGGAUGCCAAUUUUGAUGUUCCACACACUGCGACGUGCUCUAGCGUAGACGAUUGCAAUCAAUAUGGCAGUUUUCACAGAAGAAUAUCGAAGAACAUAUCUACUUCAUUUGAAAACCGACUUACUCUAGCAGAUCAUGUUGGCCAUGUUGACGAGCUCAGUCCGGCUGGUUCGGUGAGCGCCAAUACUUGCCAAGUGACGGCAAGUGACGGAUGCGUUGGUGGCAGGAAUCGACGGAAUAGUGAAACUAUGGAGUUAUCUCGACGAAAGGCAUUCAGUGGAGAAGUAUUAUCAACUGCAACUAAUUAUCAUGGAAAACUUCCGCAUAAGAAGGCACGUUUCGGCGUGGGUCUGUAUAUUCAGCUUAGCGAUGGUGUGCUACAAGAAAUCGAUGCAUUCUGCUCGGAACAUAUGAGCAUAUUUGAGGCAAUACUCUGUCGAUUGCGAGUAGCUGCUGAAAAAGCGUGUUGUCGUUUGUCACAAUUUCUUCAGAUUAUGCUUGCCGCGUGGCACUCCGCACAGCAAUGGCUAGUAGAUUUUUUUACUGUCCCGCGGUUGGAGAAUCCAGUUUGGAUUACACUGAGCAACGGAUCGCACGGUGGUGGCAUAUAUCCUAAUAAGAAAAUCCUAACAAUCGCCAACAAUUUUAUGAAUGACCUGUGCUCUCUGUUAUCAUUGAUUGAUACCAAGGAUACGAAUUUGUUUAUCAGCACGCUACUGACGGCGGUUCUGACACAUCACCUGGGUUGGGUAAGCACCAUAGUACCAGUUAGCAGUGGACAUACAACAGAUGAAUCAGCGGUUAGUUCCGGCCAAAUUGAACGGAGCGGAAAAGAAAAACUGUCUAAGAUAAGUGCCGACCAUCCGUACAAUGUCUUAUGGGCUCAGUUAAGUGAUUUGUAUGGUGCUGUUGGUCAUCCAGUGAAACUUUCAAAAACGAUCAUCUGUGGAAGUCCUCAGUUCAGCAAUACAAUGGACAAGAUUCUUAAUGUGCUCUCAUACUUUAUUCGAUGUAGUGAGAUCAGGCGAAAUGUAUAUUUGGAAACAUUCGAGGAGAAUAAAGUGAGACAAGCCUUUACUACACAGAAAAUUAUCAAUAACAAUAAUACAAACGGUUCUACUAUAGGGUUUAGUGAAAAUAGUAGAAGUGAGCGUAAAUCUCCUCGAUUGAUCAGAAAUGGUUCUGGUAUGAUUAGAUCAGCAACGAGGACGAAGGAUUUGAUUUCCAUGGGUGGAGGGGAUGUGACAGGGAGUCCCAUCGAGAGUGAACUGUCUGAGCUGUUGAAAAAAACAGUCAUGAACGACAUCCCAAAUGUAUUAGUCUACCGAGACUCCAGAUUUGUACAGCAGGAACUAAGGAUCGGUAAUAAAAGCAUGGACACAGAAUUAGUGAUGGAUGAGGGUCAAAAACAUUUUUUAGAAGUUAUUUAUCAUAUCAAGAAAGAAGGUGGCGCAUCUCACAUUAGAAUGACUCUAACGCAACCGGAUGAGACCGGGCAAGAAGCUAUAGAACUAGAUGUGAAUGAUAGGGAUGAUGUUGAAUCUAUUCGCCUUUCUCGGCUGAUCACCGAUACUAAUAUCGGUGAAGGAGAAAAGGGUCAGCGAAUACUAUGGGGCUUGGAUCAUAUUAAAGAGGGAAUUCCCAUGGAACAGCUCAGGUAUAUUGAUGGACUCCGUGGUGAUUAUGAAGCUUUAAUGCAAACCAAACCAAAAGAGGACGUUGUGUUUGUAUUGGGUGAAAAUGAAAAGCUUGUAAACAUCAAGCAUGCAGAUUUCACGACUGCAACUGAUAAAACUUUUGAGUUGGGCGCCGUCGGUGGCAAAAAACCUUGUUCCCACAGUAAACUUCGAAAGCAUUCCUUUAAAUUUAACUUUGACCGCUAUCCUAAGGUUGUAGAGAAUUACUUAAAAAGUCAAAAUCUCGAACUUACUGAGCACGAUUCUCUGGACAAAGCAAUAAAGCUUGAAAUGGCUCUAAGACCUACUAUGGGAACAGAACCAGCAGCACCUACUUUUGAUCGUAGCGAAGAAGAAUGCGACAUAUGUAAAAACACGUCACUAGUCUAUUUACAAACUCCUACGAAUGCAUCGGAGUUGGAAUUUUCAAAUGACCUAAAUGAAGGAAGUAGUUUUAGCUCUUUUCCAGAAUCCAAUAGCAAGUCCAGUUUCGAAGAAGCACUCCGUAGAUACCCUGAAUCACAACAACACGACAACAUUCCGAAAAUAUACGCAACGACAAUGGCUACACUUGACGAAAAUGCGGAACUGAAAGUUAAGCAUCCGGAUAGUAUUCUGAAACUAGUAGAUAUUCCUUUGUCGAGGCCAAACAGUCUUGCAAGCUUGAACGAUGAGAAUAAUAAUGAUAAGACUGACUUGUUAGGCCGUUCUGUUGCAUCAAGAGCAGGGUUCAUACCUUCACUUUUGUCUCGUGUAAGCGAUCAUUACAUCCCCGAUAUGAUUUUGCAAGCAACUACUGCUUCUCCUAUGAAUUGGGGUAAGACGUUGAAGAAAGAUCUCGCAUUUGCAUCCCGAUUCGCGUUAAUGGAACAGUUUCCAGUGGAAAAUUUAGCUGUCGUUGCUAAUCUCGAGACACACGACGUUCGAAUUGUGUCAUCACACAACUCAUCCCUUACUCCACCUUCUAAUGUUCUUGAAGGCGACGUCGUUGGCAUGUCUCAGUUGGUUUCUUCGAUGUUGGAAACCGUCCAUGCUAUGUGGUCCUCUGGUUUGUCAGCAUUUCAGUGUAUGGCAUUCAUUGAAUCAAAGAUGCGCGAGUUUUAUUUGCAAUCCGAAACAAUCGCUAGUUUUCUGCUCGCAACAGAUUUUUGUACCAUUGGAUCCAUAUGUUCUGCAUUAGACAUCACAGCUAACGAUAUGCCCUUGCUACUAUCGGUGGCAUCAAUACACGCUCCUGAAGUGACCAAACGAUAUGGAAUUCAAUUCCGAUGACGAUUUGUAGCUUGCACUAAUUUUUGUAGAAAAUAUAUGCAAAUAACUGCUCUUUUGUGAUAUUAGAAUUUAGGAUUCAUGGCAGCAGCUGCGUUGAGCGCUUUAAGAAGAUCUGUUAAGUGAUAGGAGAUUAUUUAAAAAAAACAUAACUAGGCAUUCUUGCAUAAACAAUGAAGAGCUCUCUCACCACUGUUGGUCUCAAGGUUUCAAUAACAAUCGUAACAACGGUUUGUGAUCUGAGGAAAAUUGUUGUAUGGAUAAUGUUUACAAUAUAAUUUGCUUACUAGAAUAAUUAUAAUUGCGAAGUGAUGGUUAAAAAAUAUCCAAUCAACAGCAACCAAAUACAUCAGGCCUAGCAGUACGCAAAUGAAUAAACAAUAAAUCGCACAGAUUAACAA